CUCCUUAAUCAGAACCCCGACGGUGUUGCAGAAAGAGUUCUUCUAACCACUAUCUCUAGUUAACAUUAUCAGCUUUUUUAUGGUUAAAUUAAUGCCUGCCCAUCUGCUAGUGUAGUCUGGAUGGCUCACUCUAUUCUGAAAUCACUUUUAAGAAUCCCUAGCUAUAGCUCUGGCAUAUUCACGAGGCCUGUCACUCGAUGCUCAUUGUGUUAUAAUUAUAUCAACUACCGAGGACUCGUAAGCUUCCGCGCUGCUAAGGAAGUGUAUAGAACAGUGUUAACAGUUAAAAAUAAUGUUUCCUUCUCAACAAGUUACAGUUCCGAGUCCUCAAGUAGUAACUCAUGCACUUCUGAAGCUGUUGGUGGUAGGGAAUACCUAUUAAUGACAGAUGAGAAGCUAAUGAGCCAGUGUGAAAUGGAUACUUAUAAGUCAUCAGGCCCAGGAGGACAGCACCGGAACAAGCGGGAAUCCUCUGUGCGAAUAAAGCAUCUGCCAACUGGCAUUAUUGCUCAGGCAGCAGAGGAUAGAUCACAACACAAAAAUCGGGCGGCGGCUCUUUCGAGACUACGGUCACUUUUAGCCGUUAAAGUCAGGAACAAGGUUGAUCUUGAUACGUAUGUGCCUCCUGUAGAACUUGUUCAAAUCCUUCCAGCAAAGUCAACCAUCAGAGGAUCAAACAAAGGGAAUCAGAUUGGCCCAAAUAAUCCGAAAUUUGCUCUGGGAAUGCAGGCUUUACUUGACCUGAUUUUUGCAGUUGAGGGUUCUGUUUCGGAUACUGCAAAGAAGUUAGGGUUAAGCACUGGAGCUUUAUCACGGUUGAUAUUAUCCGAUGAUUCCCUUAGAAUGGCUGUCAAUGAGUUCAGGGCUACUAAGGUAAAGACAGGAGAGAAGAAGCUCAUGAGACAUCAAAAUGCUCUGCCACCGGACCGGACACACCGAUCUACAAAAUCUACUUCGAUUAAUGCCAUACGCCAACCAUUUCUAGACCACGCCAGCACUCUUGUUACCCUUUGGAGUCGCAUCGGCACCUACCCCAUGGUCGAAAAUGCCGAUCUAUGUAUCGAUCAAAGGGAGCUUCCUUCGUGCCGAUGUGACAUCCAAUGUGAAGAGUUGCCGCCCAUAAUGGAUAACCGCCCAAUACGAAAAGGCUGCCGCCCACAAACAAGAUAUGUCUCGUCCCCUGCGUCCAGUCACUUAUCUCUUUGCAUGCAGAGGGAUCCUCAACUGACCGACAUGUACAAUGUCUCACUAACCCCUAUCUCGGUCUCUCUCUCCCCUCUCUCCCAGCCGAGCCGUCGAGAUGCCCUCAGCCUCCAACCGUCUCCUUCUUUCUCGGCAGCUCUCCCUCACGUCGCCAGCCCUAAUUCCUCUCUAUUUAAAGAAUUGAGACACCAGCCGCCUCUCAUCAUUUUCGAUUCCGUUCCCAAAUCCCGUAAUCUACUCGGCAAAUCAAGCCUACCGACGAGUCGAGCACCAUAG